CCGGCCGCUCACAGCGCUGCAGUCGGCGCUGCUCAUCAGUGUCCACGCCGCGUCGCCUCGCGUCGAACGGGUGCCGGUCAGCGAGCGCACUCCCUCGCCCAGGCAGUGUUGUUGUCGUAAGUAAAUCGGCCAGGUCCGUGACACUGUGAAACGCUUGCAGUUUAAUGGCAGGAACCCUCUUCGUGGUGUGCGUUCCCACCAGAGAGCACGAGGCGGCGGUUUUGGAGCUCGGCGGAGCUGGAGACUUACUCAAACAGCCCGGCAGCGGCCAAGGCAGCGGCCCGAACACCGGGCGGAGCAAUGACUUGCUCGGCGUGCGUCUGCUGGGCACCCGCUCCAAGUCCGAGGACAGCCUUUUCGCGAGGGACGCCCAGGAUGACGCCAACUCGCGCAGGGAGAUGUUCAUCGGGCCCUGGCGGGUGGACGCGACCGACCUGCCGCGGACGCCCCGGAGUCCGCGCAGCCCCCGCACCCCCCGCAGCCCCCUGCUGGGCCUGGCCGGCGUGUCGCAGUCCGACCCGGAGGGGCUCAGCGCGCGCCCGCCCACCACCACCGCCACCACGCCCGGCGGCAGCGCAAGGAAACGGCGCCACCGCUAUUUAGAAACGGAACUUGAAAAUGUGUUGAAGCAGCUGAAGAUUAACAACGCUGUUUGGUGCAUGGGGAAGAAUAAUCGAUAUUACCAAGUUUUGUUCUCCGUCGAGUCUGGCAACCCUUGCGAGGAGGCUCUCGACAAGCUCCACAAGGCCGGCAUCGGGGUCUUGCUGGACUCCGUAGUGAGUGUCCUGCCCUGCGUCCUGUACUACCAAGGCAGCGAGCAGAGCGGCAACGGCUCCAUGGACGACCUGCACGCCGACGAAUCCGCCAAGAAGGACGAGAAGUGUCCCGGUGGCGCUGGAAGCACUGGCGGCAAGGGUCGCGGCGAGCAGGGCACCUGGGAGAGCUUCGUGCAGUCCGUGCGCGCGCGCCUCACCGUGGCGCAGGUCGUGGAGGGCGUGCGCGCCAACGCCACCUUCACCUUCGACUUCCUCCUGCUGCUCAUCGUGGCCGCGCUGGUCGCCGCGCUGGGGCUGUUCGAAGACAGCACCGUGAUCCUCGUGGCCAGCAUGCUCAUCUCUCCCCUCAUGGGCCCCGUGAUGGCCGCCACGUUCGGCACCAUGAUCCACGACUGGAGGCUGCAGCGCAUGGGGCUGGUGAACGAGUGCGUGGGGCUGCUGCUGUGCCUACUCAUCGGCUUCGUGACGGGCGUGGUCGUCAGCUUGAUCGACCGGCCCUGGCCCACCGAGGAGAUGAUGGACAGAGGCCUGCUGCGCUCGCUGUGGGUCAACGUGCUGAUCGCCGUGCUGUCCGGCAUGGGCAUCGCCAUCGCCCUGCUGCGCGACAACACCGGGUCGCUGGUGGGCGUGGCCAUCUCCGCGUCGCUGCUGCCGCCCGCCGUCAACGCGGGGCUGCUCUGGGGCAUGUCGCUAGCCUACUACAUGCUGGGCGCCGACGACGCGCUCCUGGACGGCGUGGCCGCGGGGGCGGGCUACAGCGCCAACUACUCGGACAAGCCCGAGAUGGAGAUGGCCAUCAUGGGCGGCGUGUCGCUGUGCAUCACCUUCAUCAACAUCGUGUUCAUCUACAUGACGGGCAUCCUCAUGCUCAAGGUGAAGGAAGUGGCCCCGUCGAACCAGGAGCGCUUCUGGCAGCACGACGUGAAGAUCGCGAGGGACUACAACACGACGCUGUACGGGGCGAGCGCGGCGGACAUCCUACGCUCCGUCGUCGCCCAGGAACAGUGUGGCGCCGGGCUGGCUGACUGCGCGGACAGGGAAGGACCAGGCCAGUCCCCCAUCCCGUCUAGACUGGCUUGCCUGCUGCAGCUCCCCUCCGGCUUCCCUCACCACUUCGGCGGCGACCCCAGCUACCUCGACGUGUGCCAGCAGCACCAGCUGACGUGGUCACCCAGCACACUGGGCGGCACGCUGGGCACCCUCGACACCGUGCGCGAGCUGGAGGGCCUGUACCGCACCAUCCAGCAGCAGCAGCAGAACCAGCAGCUGCACAUGCACGGCACCGGCAUGUCGCGCAGGGCCUCGUUCGGCAGCUGCGGCGCGCAGGCGUCCUACCCGACCUGGCGACUGGGGUGCAGCGACGGGUACCGCUGCAAACCUCGCAAACGGCGCGCGGCAGGGUCCCCACGGUCCCCCGGCGUCCGGCCGGGCGUCCACCGCGCUCCCUCUGCUGCCGCGGUGCACACGCCGCCCUUCAACAACAUGCCCUGCAAGUCGCUGGCCGUGGACACCCUGGCCACGCCCGCGGCCUUCAAGACGCCGCUCGGGCCGAGCUUCGGCAGUGUGCCUCCCACGCCCUCCCUGUUCCUCACGCCCGUGGACCACUCGGAGCUGACGCCCCUGGCGGCCAGGGACUCGGCCAGGGAAGUGCCCACCCUGUCCGUCAACGACGAGACGGCCUCCGCCUGGCUGGGCGACGCCGCGCACCGCCCCGCCAAGAAGAGGCGCUUCAUCGUCACCAAGGCCGAGGACAAGGAGAUGCUGCUGCCGCGCGACUGAUGACGACGACCUCGUCGUCAUCCACCGGCACAGUGGCUUCAGAAGACUGUGAUAUUUGCUUUAUUCGAACUAUCGAAAAGUGUUGUUUGAGAGUGUCCUGAUACUGUAAUUAUCCCUGUUUUAUUGUAUGUGUUUUGUUUUUAAUUUACAAGGGUUUGGCUAUGUUUCAUCUGUGAUAUUUGAUCAAGUCUUUUAAAAUGUACCUCAUCUUUAAUGUGCCAUUCCCGUUUUUACACACUAUUGGUGAUUUCUAGUGAAUUUUAAUGAAUUCUAGCUGAGUUUUGUAACUUUAGCAUAUGCGCUUUCUCUUGCCUCCGUGCCAUUCGUAGGUAAAUGUGAAUUUAUAGUAGAUUUAAUUAAGGAUGAGAAAUGAUAAGUACAACAGUUUGUUGUUUUCC